AGAUGAAGCCCAGAGAAAGUAUUAAAUUUAGAGAUGAGAAAAUAAACUUGGAACGAAAAAAAAAAUUGAUAGAAAACUUUUCUUUCCCUUACAAUUAAAUAGUUAUUGAGAUUAGUUUGUUAAUAUUUUCUAUUGUGAUUAAAUCAUGUUGUUAAUUGUGGUCAAUUGUCUUGUAUUUAUUUGGCUGUUCAGUGUGGUCACUAUUGUCCAGGGUCAUGGACGGAUGUUUGAACCACCGGCUCGAAAUACAAUGUGGCGAUUUGGUUUUCCAACUUUUCCAAAUUAUGAGGAUAGUGAAUUAUUUUGUGGUGGAAUUAAGGUUCAAUGGCAAGAUAAUAACGGUAAAUGUGGAGUUUGUGGUGAUCCAGCUAAUGGAAGACGUGAUCAUGAGACCGGCGGUGUUCAAGCAAGAAAUAUAACUACACGUUCGUACCCACCGGGGUCGGUUAUCGAUGUGGCCGUGGACAUUGUCACCAAUCAUGGUGGAAGAUUCAUAUUCCAAAUGUGCUGGAGAGACUCAUGGGAUGUUAAAGAAACUGAAAAUUGCUUCGAGACACUUAAAUUAAAGGAUGGAUCGGACACCGUUUCCGUUAAUAAUCGACCUCGAGCAGGUCUAUUCGUGUUCCCAGUUCAACUUCCUGCCGAAAAAACUUGUAAAAAGUGUAUUCUUCGUUGGCAUUGGUUAUCAGGUAACAAUUGGGGACUCUGUCCAAAUGGUACUUAUGAUGUUGGUUGUGGACCACAAGAAACAUACAGAAACUGUGCCGAUAUCGCGGUAACAUAUGACCUAGGAAUUCGUGGUCCACAUUUACUUGAACCAUCCGAUUAUCGAAAAAGAUUUUUACAUUAAACAACAUCAAAACAAAAGCAACAAUACUCUCAAUAAAGAUCUAAUGUAAUAUAUAAUAUCCUCCACCAAUUAACACCCAACAAUCAACUCUAAUUUAAAUAAAUUGUAAACAAAAACAAAAACAAAUCCCAAUCAAAGUGAAGAAAGAAAACAGCAAAAAGAAUAGGAGGAAAAAGAGAAAAGGAACCAAAAGACCUCAGGCCAUAGAAUUAGAGCUGAAGAAAAGGAUUCUCGCAGAGAAAUUCAAUGAAGAGAACUGAUUGAAAAAGAGCAGAGAAUCACAGGAAAAGACACCAGAUAGAAACUUUGACGAACUUUCAAGAUCGUGAUCGUGAACGACACAAAGAAAAGAAUAACUAGAGAGAGACCGAGAAAGAGAUCGUGAUAAAGACAGAGAAAAGGAAAGGGAACUGAACACACAAAUUGAACCAUUCGAAUGACAUUAAAUCGGAAAGCAAAAGUAAAAAUUCAACGAUAAUUGAUAAUAUCGAAGACGAAAUUGUCUUUGGACCACAUUGGCCAUUCAAAGAUCAAAAGUUAUCAAUGAAAACUUUUUAUUCCCAAGAAAAAGUGUCGGUUGUGUUACAAGAAACACAUAAAAUGAAUGAUAAAGGGAAAAAUUGCUAAUCUCUCAAAUUCAUCAAUGAAAAAAAAAAAAAAUCGCAAGAAUCAAAUAAAAAAAGAGAUGAAAAUAAUUAACAAGUUUUUCAUUUUCCAAA